AUGAUUAUACCCGUUCGCUGCUUCACCUGCGGGAAACUAAUUGGAAAUUUGUGGAGUUUAUAUGAAAAAAAGUUAGAAGAAGGAGUAUCAAAAUGUGACGCACUGGACGAGUUAAAUUUGACAAGAUAUUGCUGCAGGAGAAUGAUACUAACCCAUGCAGACAUGAUGGACAAGCUGUUGUGCUAUAACAUUUAUGAGAGGAAGUUAUAG